AUGGCCGCCUCCGCAGCCGCCCUCUACACCCUCUACGCACUGCGAGCCACCCGUCGGACCACCACGUCGACGGCGUCCACCUCGACGCCCUCCCAUCGGUACACCCGUGCCCAGUUCGCGGAACUUACUCUGCGACCCAUCCAUGUCUAUCUCCGCUUCCAUGUCCUCGACUCGCCGGCCGAUGCCAACGAGCCCAUCGCCAUGACCUCGGCCACUACCUUUGCCAACGUCACAGACUCGCCCAUACACUCGCUUGCUCUCAAUGCUACCAAUCUGGGUGUUGAUCGUGUCGCCAUCGUCUCGCGCGAGCUGCCCAAGCUGACCAUUCCGCCCAUCGUGCCAGCCAAGUCGGACUUGCUCGCCAUCGGCGCCGCUCUCGAUGUCGCCCUGGACGUACAUGCCGCCGUGCCGAACCCGGCUGAAGACGCGCUCGUCGACUGCGCGUACGCGCUUGCUGACAACAUGCUCAACGUCAAGCUGCCGCAGCCGCUGGCGCCCGGCGAGCAGCUCACCCUCGCCGUCUACAACUCGGCUCGCAUUCGCGACGGCCUGCUCGAGGGCAUCUACAAGGACUACACCCCCGACGCCGCGCCGCAGACCCUCAUCAGUCAGUGCCAGCAGUGGGGCUUCCAGCGGAUUGUACCGGCCGUCGACGACAACCGCGCCAAGGCCUACUACACCGUUACCAUCGACGCGCCCAACACCUACUCCCGCCUGCUUUCAAACGGCGAUCCCGCCCCGGGCUUUGCUACCCCGCAGCCGCACCCAUCGCUGGACGGCAUGCAGCGGAUGCGCUACCACAACCACGCCACAAACAUGCCGCCGUAUCUGUUCUUCUUUGGCGUCGGCUCGUACACCACUCACUCCUCGCUCAUCGAGUAUCCCGACGGCCGGACCGUCGACCUGGAGCUCAUUGUGCCAUCCGACGGCCUCAUUGCUCGCGACGACUGCCUCGCUGCCCUGGCCUCGCUCAAGUCUGCCAUGAUGUGGACUCACCUCUCCACCGGCCCGCAGGCCUUUGUCAAGGCCGCUCAACGCGAGGAGCUGCGACGCCCCGCCGCCGCCGCCGCCCGCAACCAGCUUGCCGCCGCCGCCGCUGCCUUUGGGCAGCUCGGCCAUGCCUUUGACGGCGCCGUCAUGCGCGAGCUCGCCAUGGUCAACUCUAUGUUUGGCGGCAUGGAGAACCGGACCGUGACCACCAUUCUGGCCUCGGUCAUUGCCCCAUCACCGUACGUCACCGACCCCGCCUACGAGUACCUCGAGGGCGUCAAGGCCCACGAGUUCUACCACGACCUCAAUGGCUCGCGGGUCACCGGCGCCACUCCAUUUGAGCUCUGGCUCAACGAGGCCGUCACCGUCCACAUCGAGCGCAUGUACCUGAGCCACCUCUUUGGCCACGACUAUGUCCGACUCAAGGAGGUGACCUACGCCACCCGCCCGGGCUCCGGCCCGCUUGCAAACGACGCAUCUGCACUCUCCAUGCCGAUUGAGCCAUCAGGCUUCAACCGCCCGGACGAGCUCAUCUCGUCUGUCACUUACUUUAAGGGUCCAGAGUUUGUGCGCAUGGUCGAGUCUCUCGUCGGCCCCGACGCUUUCAUGCGCGGCCUCGACGCCUACUACCGCAAGUAUGCCCACGCCAACGCCACCACCGCCGACUGGGUCGCCACCCUCUCCGAGUCGACCGGCCUCGAUCUCGGCCCCAUGGCAGAUGGCUGGCUCAAGCGCCCGGGCCAUCCCACCCUCCACGUCGCUGCUCCGGCCUGGGACCCUGCCACUGGCGCAUACUCGGUCCAGCUGCGCCAGUCCGGCUUUGGCACCGGCGCCCCGUGGAUUUUCCCGGUUGCCUGGGCCGCCAUGGCUGAUGACGGUAGCCAGCUUGCCCGCGGAACAACCGUUGUCGACGCCAAGUCUGCCGCCAUCGAGGUCUCGGGCCUCGCUGUCAAGCCGGCCUACAUCUCGAUCGCACGGGGCUUCUCGUUCUUUGGACGGCUCGACGUCGCCGAGUCCAGCCCCGAGCUUGACGCACUGCAGGCGCGUACCGACACCGACGUUGUCGCGCGGUACUUUGCCUACCGGCGGCUGGUCGACCGAACCAAGGCAGCGUACAUCGACGCGCGGCUGAGCGGUAGCGACGCCGCCUUUGUCGUGCCGGAAGCCGUGACUGCCGCCUUUACUGCCGUCCUGGCCGACACUUUGCUCUCGAGCGCGUGCAAGGCCCGCUUUCUGGCCGAGCCGUCGGCGCUGGAGACGGCCACCCACCUCAACGUCCACUACGACCUUCUUGACGAUGCCAAGAACGCCGUCUACACCGCCGUCUACGACGCUGCAGGCCCGGAGGUGUGGGCAGCAUUCGACGCUGGCCUCGCCGGCGCCAUCGACUCGCGGCCGGUGCUCGAGUCCGGCAAUUCCAAGCUCGACGCGUUCCGGCGCGAGGUGCCAGGCCGGAGCCUGGCAACCACUCUGGCCGAUGUCCUUGUUGCUGCCCUCGGCAAGGACCCACCGCCGAUGAUGACUAGCGGCUGCUCUUCCGCCCGCGACCUCGCCGAGGUCGGCCGGGAGCUUUGGGCGUCGGGAGCCGACCGAGCCAUGUCGCUCCGCAAGCUCGGCGCCAAGCUUGUCCUUAACUCGCGGGCGAGCGCCGACGACAAGGCCGCCUUCCGAGCACAGAUGCGGGAAGCUUGGGCCUCGCAUCCGGAUGGCUUUGAGCAGUUCCUCUGGGUCAUGACCUCCAUCGACUCGCCCGACGCCGCCGCCGCCCUCCGCGCCGUCGUCGACCACGACGAGCUCAUCGACCUGGUCCAGGCCUCCCAGGCCCGCGCCCUUGUCCGUGGCUGGUCCGCCGCUCGCCGCUGGUCGCUCCUCACUCACGACGGCCUCGCCCUCCUCGAAGACAUCUUUGUCGCCGUCGCCAACAUCAACGAGUACUUUGCCUCGGGCGUCCUCUCGGCCUUUUCCGACCUCCCGCAGAUGACCGGCAAGCACAAGGCCCGCCUGAUCGCCGCCCUCCAGCGCAUGCAGGCACGCCUGAGCAAGGACCACCAGUUUGGCCUCUGGUCCGCUAUCCAGCGCCAGCUCGACGCCGCCGCCACCGCCGCCGACCCAUCGUGCUAG